CAGUAAUUUGUAGAAAACACUCCAACUAGUUUCUUUAGUAAAAUUUGAAAAUUACAUGAGAUUCACUUUACGGUAGUAGUCUCAAUACCAAAUCACCACGUCGAACGUGUACAGUUAAAAUCUAUAGAUCGUUAGUUAACAACGUCCGCCCUGUAGAUAACCUCAUUUACCUUCCGAUUAUGGGUAUUCGGAAUGUACGUGUAGAAAUCAACGUUCAGUGCGUAAUCGUUUGUUGACCUAGCAAUAUCUUGUUGCGAUCAAAAUGAGUGCGCGGAACGUCGUCAGCGACGAAAACAUCCACACCUGGCUCCAAAACGCGUUGGAAAACGAACUUGUCCAAGACAUAAACUUCCUGAUAUGCGACCGGAACAAACCCGGAGACGGUUACGUCAGCGAUAUAGUCUACAUUGACGUAGACGCGACGAAAUAUAACGGCGAACCCUGUCAGUACCGCCUCGCUACAAAAGUGUCCAAGGAACAAAAAGGAAUCUUUAAGGAUUUCGUAGAAGGGAGCAACUUGUUCCAAAGAGAAGCCUGCAUCUACACCAAACUAGUUCCGAAAUACCAGAAGUUGCUUUUGGCUCAUCAACUCCAUCCGAUAGACUUCAUGCCCAAAUGCUACUGGACCAAGACCGGCGAUGACUACGACGUAUUGGUGUUCGAUAACCUUAAGAAAGCAGGAUACAGGCUCCACCAAAGUGACAUCCCCAUGGACGAUCGCCACAUCAAGCUAGUUCUGAGAGCUUACGCGAGAUGGCACGCGUUGUCGUUCGCUUUAAGGGAGCAUCACGGUGAAGAGUUCAAAGCUGUCGUCGACGAGCUGGCCGGAUACGAGAAGAAAAUUGAGAACAAACCAAUCAAUAUGGAAAAAUUCAAGGAAGUUUUCGGGAAAAUUUUUGAUGAGCGCUAUCAAAUCCUUGAGACGCAUGGGGAGCACGAGCUACUGGAAAGAUACAAGGAGAAGAUGAAGGACAGGGUUCCUGGAAAGUGGAAUGAAUCUGCGCCAUGCGAGGAAGAGUGCGUUAUCACUCAUGGCGACUGCUGGAAUAACAAUUUUUUAUUUUUUUAUGAGGAAAACCUAAUUCCGUCAAAAGUGUGCCUCCUGGAUUUCCAGAUAUCCAAGUUGCAUUCGCCGGCUAGAGAUAUUAGCUAUUUUAUAUACUCCACUUGCUCGGAAACCGAAUUGAAACGCUUCAAAGAAUACAUCCAGUUUUAUUACGGUGCAUUUGCUCGAGACCUAAAAGCGUUGGGGUGCGAUCCCGAGCUCUUAUUUCCUUUUUCGAAGCUCGUGGACCAUUGGAGACAGUACUCUUUCGAUGGGUUUCAAACAGGAGUGGGGAUAUUGAAACUAUGCUUGUCGGAUGACAAAGGUGUAGGCGACGAUGGUUCCGUCGAUUCGUUUGAUUGGAAAAUCGAAAAAAAUAAGCACCAAUAUGAAGCACGGCUUAUCGCGUGUAUUAGACACUGCGUGGAAUAUCAGUUGGAGUGACGCGAGUUUAUAUUUUUAUCUCACUCUGUAUCGACGAGCCAGUGAUUCAGUUGAAUUAGUCGUAAAUUUGCCGCGAUAAACAUUUUUCCGUCGGUACUGCAAUUAUUUAAUUCACCAGUCCAAAUGUCAAACUUACUGAAUUAAUAAAGUUACAUGUUUUUUUCGAGAUCCACUUAUCUGCAGUGUAUUUUAGUCGGUACCAACUGAGUUUGGUUGGACUAACUAAAAAUAUUUUUGAUCUGCUUCAUAGACCGCGUCCAAUUUUCGACUCUUUUGCGGAAUAUCUUACUUAUCUAGAUAGAACGAUAGCAAAAACAAAAUUUCCCCCUGAAUCUUCUCUCAACCCAACAUAACCUCACUAUUUACGAUUUUGACAUUUUUAACGUAAUAUACUAGCGCUAGUCUAUUAAUCGCAUUCAUAAAUAAUUAUAUAACGGAGAUUUGUUGGCCUAACCUUUGUAUUUAUUUUUUUUAAUGACGUUUUAUGCAAAUAAAAGAUAAACGAGGCGAUAUAUAUCUGUAGCUUAACUUACCCAAUUUAACCUGAAAAUUUUCAAAAAAAGUUCAUUAUCAGUGAUGACUUGUAAUAAGUUUGACAUUGCCUGAAAAAUAAAAUGAAUGUAAAGUAAUUUAAAAAGAACUAAGAAAUUUUCUUGCCGCCACACAUUCGUAUCGCGUUUUUUUAUACGCCAGGGCCAAGCCAGUGAUCAAUUUUGAACUUUUACAAAUAUAGUAAGACCCAAAAACUGUUUAAUGGACAUGAAUAUAUUUAUUCUGAAAUGUCACAUUAAUAUUUAAUGGCAGACUGUGGAAAUCUUUGAUUUUCAAAAAAACAUACAUAUUUUUAAAAAAAUUCGUUAGAAAAUAAUAUUUUCAAUUAACAACAAAUUUACAAAAAAAAAAAAAUUGCAACUAAUUUUAGUGCAACUUGCUCCGAUAUAUAAGGUAUAACUAUUACUCAUAAUUCGAUUACCUCAAUCAAAGGUUACGCGAAUAUAUAAUGUUCUCAUGUUUUUCUUCCAUUUUCUACAACACCGUAUAUAAGCGACCUAUGGCCUUGAUUAGAUUGCGCUAAGCAUAUCAAUCUCUGAUUAGUUAAGUGACACAAACGUGAAUUUUCUCAAUUAAAUAGUUAGCGCAUUGC